GAGAGAGGGAGGGAGGAAAAGGCGUUUCCACGUUUCAGCAGCCGGUUACAGAGCAGCGGACAGCGAGGCAGACAGACCGAGAGGAACCACGCCAUUACCGUUUUAUUGCGCCCAAACACUGACUGACACUUCAUCUCACCCGUGUCCCCGUUCACGGCCGCGUCUCCCACGCUGAUGACACAGGCUCAGACCCAUCAGUGAACGACCUGAAAAGUGAACGGGACCCACCGAGACUGACGGAGUGGACUUUUUCUCCCCCCCACCCCCAGCCCCCCCUGCAGCGCGCCUGUCCUCUCUUAGGCCGAAAUUAAAUUCCCACAGAGCUGUUUUCUGUGAGAUCCAGAGGAGAUUAUCUUCCCGCAGACUCCCGCAUCUCUCCCCCAGUCUGUAGCUGACUCAUUUUGCUGCGCCCGGGACAAUGGCGGAGUACAGCUCUCUGCUCAGCGACCUGUCUGAAAACAUCACCAACGAGGACUUGGAGCAGCUCAAGUCGGCCUGCAAGGAGGACAUCCCUGAGGACCAGAGCAACAACAUCACCUCCUCCAAGGAGUGGUUCAGCUACCUGGAAAAGAACGACAAGCUGGCCCAGGAUAACCUGUCAUACAUCGAGCACAUCUUCGAGAUUUCGCGGCGACCGGACCUGUUGACGAGGGUGAUCGAGUAUCGCACCACCGUGCUCAAGAUCUCGGAGGAUGACGAGAUCGACACCAAGCUCACACGCAUCCCCUCAGCCAAGAAAUACAAAGACAUCAUCCGCCAGCCCUCUGAAGAUGAGAUCAUCAAGUUGGCCCCUCCACCUAAAAAAGUGUGAGGUCGCGACCCCCAGCCCUGAUCUUUGCACCUUGAUUUCUUCACUCCUGGCACUCUAAUCAACCGACCAACCGUUUCUGACCGACCCCAUCAGUUCCUGCGCUUCACUCCUCUCACACCCUGCAGACACACACACACACAAACACACACACAUAUACACACACAUCCAGCCAUGCCCCCCUCCCUCCCUCCCUCCCUCCCUCCCUCCCUCCACUAAUACAUGCCAUAGCACAGAACCACGCAGUAAGCCACCUGUAAAGCAACCAAUCAGAUCGUAGCGAUGCAGCCUCUCCCAAAGCUGAGGGGAGAUGGGAAGCUGCAAGAAAAAAAAAAGACAAUAGAAGAAGAAGAAGAGGAAGAAAUCCGGGGACGGACCGACAGUGUGUGUGUGAGAGAGAGAGAGAGCCAAAGUCUACCCGCAAUUGAAACACUGAGUGGGUCAGUUCACAAUGAGUGUAACCUGUUAACACUGUUCAAUCUGUGAUGCUGUGUUUAUGCAACUGUGUGUGUGUGUGUGUGUGUGUGUGUGUGUGUGUGUGUGUGUGUGUGUGUGUGUGUGUGCGUGUGUGUGUGUGUGUGUGUGUGUGAAGGCUGUUAUAUAACAAAGACUACAUCCACCCAUUUGAAUUCGAAACUACAAACCCCACCUUCAAAACUUCAAACAACAAAAUGAAAUGGCAAACCUUUAUUCUUUCAGAAAUUCAGAAACUGUCAGAAAGCUGACAGGCAAACAGUGAAGCAGUUUAUGUACAGUGACACGCAACUAUGACUAACAUAAUUCAGCAGUGCAUUAUUUUCUUUUGUUUUAUUCUGUUUUAUUGUUUUGGGUUUUUUUUUUUUUUUUUGCAAACUGUUAGAUUAGUGACAGACUGAAAACUACUGUCUGGAGAUAAAAUGAAACUAAAACAUGUAAAUACAUAGUUUACACAUCCAGACUCUUCAACUGUUUUUGGAUAACUGUGACCUGGAUGACUGAGAAUCUUCACACAUAGUUUACAUGAUCUAAAACACAGCUAAAGUUAAUACUCAGAAAAAAGUAAAAGUAAUCUAAAUCUCACAUGGUUCAUUUCUAUGACAGUGCUUGUUUUACUGUACAGCCGCAUAUUUGUUCGCUAAUGUGCAUUUUGGGAAAUUUACUUAUCUUCUUUCUUGCUGACUUAAGUGAGAAGAUUGAUUCCGCACUCAUGUCUGGCUGUUUACAUAUGAAGCUACAGACGGCAGUAGGAUGUAGCUGCAUGUAGCUUCAUAUGCAAUAUCUGAGUGGUGGAGUGGUGUUGAUCUUUUCAUCUAACUCUCAGAAAGAGAGCAAAUAAGAACAUUUCUCCCUUUAAAGCCCAUAAAGUUCGUUAAACAUCACCAUUAUCGAGUUAUAAAAUGCCAUGAAGUCGCUAUAUUUGAAACAAAUCUUUAUGUCAAACUUAGUCACUAUUCCUCAGCUAGAGGUUCUGUAUGCAUUCCCUUUACUCUUACGCAGAUGAUGAUAUCGUUAUAUAAUGUUUAAAGAGCAAAAAAAAAAAAGUCUGAUAUUUUAGAAGAAGAUAUUUAAAGUUGAUUUUCAUAGGAAAAGCCAAUAUUUGCCUUUAGCUUAUAGUCAUAGCAAGAGUUAUUAUCAGAAAAUAUUUAGAUGGGAGAAGUUAUAGCAGUUAUUUCUAUACUAUGGAUACUCCCUGUCCAUAUGCUUUCUUUACAUCAAGGGGACCAGUUAGCGUGAAAGUCUGCUGUAUGAGCUGGUUAGAGAUGUAAAUACACAAAUAAUAUAUUCCAAGAAAAUAUAGCAGAAAUAAUAUAUUGACCUGCAGUGUGAGUCCCAUAGAGGACACUCUGGAUCUAGCAGCAAAUUCCCACUGUACGUUCAGUCUCACCAUGUCUGGUUUUAUAUUUAAAGACUUUCACCAUAAUUUUGUCUAAUUUGAAGUUAUUCAGUCUCUGAAAACCACCGAGUGAGCUCUAAGGUACAUCUGCUUCAGACUACAUUAGAGAAAACAAAACUAUUUUUUGAUAGAGUAUAUUAGAUAAAUCAUAUUUACCGUGUGAACGUGACACAUAAAGAGACAAGUGUUAACUUUCUUUCAUGUGUUUGUUGCCAUUUCAUUUGUUGGACAGAAAAUAACUGACCAGUAUGUGACCUCUCUUUGAAUGAAAGACAAACUAAGGCCUCUGGAAAUAAAAAUAAGUGAAAGAAGGGACAAAAUGUCAAAAAGAAAAAACAUGGCAUGUGAUUCUAAAUCAUGUCCUUUAAUAAACUGUACAUAAAGUAGAUUGUGACAAAGAUCUUUAAUGCACACAGCAGCUCAUAACCCGCUGACUAUGCUGUUCCAACCAUGCACCAACACAAUAGCUAGCAAGACUGUUGAAACUAAACUAUAAUAACUGCUCUUUUGAACACUGUGUCUCUUUUUUCCCCACGAUGAAGCCUUAGCAGACUUUGUGUUUACCCCGAAAUUUUUUCACAGCUGUGAGAGAUUGCGUGUGAAGCGGAGACAGACGCCAGCACACACGCCAAGUUAAUCACAAACGGCUCUCACUUUUAAAGAGAGUGUUGCUACUUUUAUUCUGAAAUUUGCUAAGGACUUCAGUGUUGGUGUGUACAGAAUGUCUGUGGGUCUACUUCUGCCUCUGUCUUUGUUGUCCUCAAAGCUGUAGGAUCAAAAAAAUGAACCAACAUAAAAAUCUAUCAGUGUAUGACUAGUUAUUUAUCUCUGCCCCGCUGCCUCCCUCCUUCCUUUCCCUCGUGCCAACGACCAAGACUUUUAUUUCGAUCACAGUUCCUGUGAUCUGUUUUUCUUUUGUAUUGCUCGCCGUAUAUUGUAGUGUUGGACUGAUUUGUAUCCUAUGCAUUUACGUCUGUAGGAAAACUCUGCACUGUAACAUAUCCUCCCAACAAAUCGCAUAACAUAAAGAACUGAGCUCUUUAAUCGUGACGAGUCAGGGCGUUUGACAAGAUCCUGACAUUCUUGUGUUGAAUUUGUGUAACGGAUGUGCUCGGUGGAGUGGCACUCGAUAGGGAGAGUUGAAAGUGUGUAGUUUAGGAAAUAAAUGCUUGUUAAGCAGUUUUUGUUGUUUGAAACUGAGAGGAAAAAAACAUGUUUGACCAACUAUACUGUACAACUCACAUUUUGCAAGCGAAGUCUUAACAUAACUAAAACAUUCAAUAGGCCUUUAAUGCCUCAACAUGUGCGGUGAGGUUCAGUAGUUUGCAAACAGUGGACAUGUUUAUUUGCAUAAAACAUCUGGGUAAUGGAGGCCAGAUCAAGGUUUUCAAUGGUUUUUGUUAAAGGAACAGUCCACCCUUAAAUACCUUAACACUGUUAUUAAUGGGAUACUUCAAAUUGAGCUGAGUCUAUUUAGCAUUUCAGGUUUUAGCCGCCCACACCAUGAGAUGGUAGACUGAAAUAUUUUAACAUUGUCUUCUUUGUGGCAGUGUCAGAGUAUUUCUGGGUGGAUUGUCCCUUCAGUGUCCACACUAUCCCUCGCUAGGCCAGACCCCAAGUGAAGCGGUAGCUGUCCUCCUAUGAGCCUACUGAGCGCAGUCUGGGACCACUGCAUCGAUCACAGAGCUGAACUGAGAGCUUUUUGUCAGGCAAAGGGAGGCAGUUGUACUUACUGCUAUGACCUGUGGGUAAUGGUUUUAAAAUGGAUGUGAUUACUGGACAAAAAUGUUGGCUUGCCACUCACCAAUUCCAGCGAAGAGCUUUGGUAACUCUCCAAAACAAAAGGCGGGUUUUUCUUUCUGGAUUUUAGCAUGUUUCCAUUCUUGUACAAAAUAUCAGCAAGGGAGGAUUUGGGCCAUUGAAUUUUAAUUUUCUUUCUUUUUAUUUGAAGUGCUUUUUGAAUAGCAACUUGUGAAUUUAGAUGUAUGUGACCAAGUGACUUUUUUUUUUUCUUUCUCUCAGAAAUUCAGUAGGUAAUGGACUCAUGUUAGCAGUUGUGUGGUAGUUUGUUAGUAGUUCGACAGUAGGAUUGUCCAUUCGAUAUCUGUAAACGUCAAAAAAGAAAAAUACAUCCGACUGCCUGAUGCUAUAGAUGCUCCUGGUUGAAGCUUAAGUUAAAACAUUCAAUUCAGGUUUUUCACUAGAGUGUUUCAAAUUUCUGUCAGCAUUAAAAAUAUGGCUGUGCUGCUGCAGAGUUUUCUUUUGUUUUUUGUUUUUUUUUUAACAUCAACUUUCUGCUUCCUGCUCCUCUAAAGUCAACACCCAUCAAUGUCACCCUGUGGCACAGCCCCACACCUUCAUCACCGGGCAGAUUAUAUGUUUGCCAUUGCUUAGCAUUUUCCUCUGUAGCCGUCAGCACAUAAUAUAUCAACAUAUCAGUCACAAAUGAUGUCAGAAUUUGGAUUUCCAUGUACCAAGUACAUAUCAACUUAGUAAAUGCUGCAAAUUAUAAACCUACUAAAACAUAUAUGUAUUCAUGGUGAAUAUCGGAUUAUAACAAAUACACGAGUAUAGAUCAAGUAGAAAUGCAGAGGCAGAUAUUACAGGUAUUCAACAUGUAAUGCUAACAGUCAAUUAAAAUUCAUUCAGACAAGAGUAUUACUCUCCCUUAAGGACAAGACUGUGUUUUGUUUUGUUUGUUUGUUUUUUUCAUUUUAUUAAGUUGUAAAUAUGUAUUUUGAAUAUAUACCACUGUGUUUGUUUUGAAAUUGAUUAAUUUAUUUAAUGCCUAUAUAUUUGUCGUUGUUUUUACGUAUCCUGAUUUUGUUUGACUAACUGGAAACAAAUCAAGGGGAUGAAAACAUUUCUUAUCUAAUGUUAAGCAGACCAUGCAUCAACACUUUUAUAAUUCAUGUUAUUUUCUUCAUUUAUGUUUUGCUGUUUUCGGCUUUGGGUAAUUAUUUUACAACAACAACAACAAAAAGUGGUAUUCAUUUCAUUGUAUUUACUGAUAUGUAACAUAUUAUGUUUUACUGUGUUGUAUUUGAUCAGAUGUGUCGUGGUCACUGCUUGUAAAACGAUUUUAUUCAGAGAGUUUCCAAAUCAUGACAAAAGAUAAAAGCGGUCACAAAAUCAUAAUCUGCCAUUUUGUUCGUACGAGACAUGUUGUCACUUGCACAUUGCACCAAGAGCAGGAAAUUUAAAGAGAACAGAGUCUUAAAAUAUUUAUAUAGGUGCAUAAAGAAAGUUCAAGAAAUGCUGAUCCCCGACUUCGGUCUUAUGAGAACAACUAAAACAUGUUUUAGUUUCAUCUCAGUGCUUUUCUCACCAGAUCUCUGGCAGUGUUUUCAUAAAAAAACAAGCAA